AUGGCGUCUUCCAGCAAGGAGGGAUCUGCUGUCUCAGUUGGGAGGACAGAUAUGGUACCCCAACCCUCAACGUCUCCAGCUGUGGGCAUGGCCCCUGGGAGGCUGACUGGGUGUUCAGACACCUGGUGCUCUGCCCACAAUGAGAACCCGGUUUACUGCUCGGUGCCCACUAUCUUGGAGUUCCUCCAGUCUCUCCUUGAUAAGGGCCGCUCUCCUUCGACCCUUAAAGUGUUGUGCCAGCGGCCCGUUCCACGAGCCCCAGAUUGGGAUCUGCUGUUGGUUCUCACAGCUCUGUGCCACCCUCCAUUCGAGCCUUUGUCACAAGCAGAACUCAAGGGGCUUUCCUGCAAGACUGCUUUCCUGAUGGCUAUCAUCUCAGCUAAGAGGGUGUUGUCUCAUUUUCACCGUAACCAGCCAUUGCGGCUGGCUCGGUUUCAGCCUCAAUCUGGUACAACUGAGAAUGAGUCUGAGUUGUUGUGCCCAGUAAGAGCGUUGGAGGCAUACAUUGCAGCCACCACCAAUCUGAGACGCUCGGACCAGCUUUUACUAUGCUAUGGGGGUCCAAGGUCACUGCUCACUGCCAGUCGGUGUGAGAGCACAUUCCACCAGGAGCGCCACCGCUUCCUGGGCAGCUUUGAGAGGGGUUCCGCUGGAAGCAAUAUGUGCUGCUGCUUCAUGGGCUUCCCCAACCACCUUCACCAGGUUCUACAGUGUCAAUGUGGCUACCCCUCAUCCCCUGGGUCAGAGUUAAUGAACACUGAGACAGACUGGUUGUGGGCCCAUGACAAAUUUGUUUCCCCCUGUGAGUUGGUCCUUAACUACCCUCAGGAUCUGGAUCUAAGCUCUUACAUUGGGAAGGUGCCAAAUGAAUUUUUACCAUACAAGGAGCUGCUUAAGAAGUUUGGUCUGAGAAUAUCAAUUUCAAAUAAAGACAUUGUUGGCAUGCUUCAUUCCAUCCAGCAAAACAUUGAAGCAAGACAACAGCCAUUUGCAAGUCCAGCUGAGGUGAAAGUGUCCAUAGAGAUUCUCAACUGGUUAUGGAAAACAAAGCAAACUGUCCAGGGUGAUAUCCCUGUCCCAGUAAUUACAGAGGAUGAACAGUUCACCCUUAAACCACAAUCAGAAGCACUUCUUUGUGACGUAAGCAGACAUAAACUGGAAGAACUUGAGCUAGGUCAGGAAAAAAUGUAUCUUCUACACAAAGAAAUCCCAAUAGCAGCAGCUGAAUGGUUGAAAAUUAGAUUUCUCAGUAACUACAUCCUUGCUCCCGAGCCUAUAGGUAUUGAGCAAUGUGGACAAUCUGAGCCUAUAACUACGAGGAUUAAAAACAUCCUUAAAGAGUAUGAUGAAGAUGGUGACAUCUUCAAGGAGCUCAUCCAGAAUGCAGAGGAUGCUGGAGCUGAUGCCUGUAAAUUUCUGGUGGAUUUCAGAGAACACAAAGAUCCUCCAGAAAGUCUUAUUGAUCCUGACAUGGCCCUUUGUCAGGGUCCAUGUCUUUGGGCCUUCAAUAACAAGCAAUUCACAGGUGAGGAUUGGACAAAUAUUGUCAGAGUUGGGUCAGCCUCAAAGGAAAGCAAAGCUGAAAAGAUUGGAAAGUUUGGACUUGGAUUCAACACAGUUUAUCAUGUGACAGAUAUUCCCUCAAUCCUAAGUGGAAGCAAACUUCUUAUACUUGAUCCAAAUGUGACUCACCUAAGAAAGCACAUUAGCUCAAGCACAAAUCCUGGAAUAAAACUGGAUCUUUCUGUAAAGAGACUUUUUCAUUGCUUUCCCAGUCUUUUUGGACCAUAUGAAGGUAUUUUUGAAUGUAACUUCACACAGAAAUGUCCUCCAGACCCAUAUGAUGGCACUCUAAUCAAACUUCCUUUCAGAAAUGAAAAUGAGGCUCAGACAUCAGACAUAAGCAGAAAGGCAUAUCACAAAGAAGAUAUCACUGGCUUGUAUCAGAACUUUAUGAAAAAUUCACAAACUCUCCUACUUUUUCUCAAGAACAUCAAUACACUGUCCCUAGAAAGUAUCUGCAGUAAAGCAACAACAUUAAAAGCAGGUGAAGUGGAAACAAUCCUUUCGAUGUCAAAAACAGUAUUAAGCGUUCCAGUUGAAGAUAAAACUAUAAUAUCUAAACAACGGCAAGCUGAGACUUCUCUGUUGAAACACGAUUCCCAAUGCAAAAAUGUAAUCGACAGCAACACAGUCAGUAUUGUCCAUAUCUAUAGCCAGCAUUCUAACAAAACUGAACAACAUUCUUGGCUCAUUUACACCUGUCUUGGCACAGGUCAGACUUUGAAAAUGUUUCUUCAACCAAAGGAGAAAGCUGUGUUCUCAUUGCCAAUUGGAGGGAUUGCUGUGCCUUUGCAACAAGAUACAGAAACUGGAAAAUUCUUUCCUCCAAAAACAGAUCUUAUUGGACAAGCAUUUUGCUUCCUUCCUCUUCCAAUUCAAACUGGGCUUCCUGUUAAUAUCAAUGGUACAUUUGCUGUGAUGAGCAACAGAAAAGGUCUGUGGGAAAGUGGAGUGAAACAUGAGUGGAACAAGGCUCUUCUAGAGGAUCCUUUGGUGACAGCCUAUGUUACAGCACUUUUGGCACUAAAGAAAAUGUCAGAAAAUGGGGAACUUGAGGCUUAUUGUUAUCACACCUUUUGGCCUGAGAGAGAGAAAGUGAGUGAUACUUUUAAGCCUUUGGUGGAUGAAUUAUACUCUAAUAUUGCUCAGUCUUCCACUGGUCCAAAACUGUUUUUUGAUGGAGAAAAAUGGUGCUCAAUGGACAAUGCAAUCUUUUUACAUGAGAGCAUAGAAGAAAAUGGCAAAAUCAAUCAACUUGCAGCUCAGGUGUGCAAAAAACAUGUAAAGGCACCAAACUGUGUUGUUCCUCUUCCUCUUUGGUUAAGAAAGAGUUUCAAACAGGCUGGCUUGAAAACGAUUUUACAGAACCGGACUUGGACCUGGGAGAAAUUUUAUCAAGAAGUGGUAUUUAAAAACCUUGACGCCAUGGACCCUAAGACCAGAGACACUCUUGUGUUGCAUGCAGUUGACCUCAACCUGAAAGGAAUUGACAGUCUGUUGACAUCUUAUCCUUGCAUACCUACAACAGAUGGUAAUCUUCAGUAUAUCAAGAAACUUGUGAACCCCUCCAGUAGAGUUGCUUGUCUUUUUGAGCCAGAGGAAGGACGCCUGUUGGGUGGAAGCAAACAGGACUUCUGUUCCCCCAAAAGGAUUCAACGCUUGCUGGAACUUGGAAUGGCAGGUGAUCAUCUUCCACUGGAGGACAUCACAGAAAAAGCAUGCAAGAUGACUGAAAUGUGGAGUGUUGACAAAAAGAAAGCAUAUGAUAAUGUAACUUGCCUCCUUGAACUUCUGAAGGAACACUUGGAAGAAAAAGAUUCCCCUCAGUGGGAAAAAUUGAAAAUUACUACAUUUCUCCCAGCAUUUUCCCCUGGUGACAUAAAGAUGAAAAAAGAUACA